UAAUUUACACUUGUACACGUUUAGAUCCAGCACUAAGCGCGCUGACAAUGACAAUGGAAUAGUCUUUUAACAGUCUAUAUGCAAUAUUGUUUUAAAACUGUGAUUUUUAUAAGGACAUUACAUUCAAUCAGACGAAAUGGACUUUCAGAACACACAAUCAGACUAGUUUGAUAAAUACAGAUAUCUACAUGCAAUAAAACAAUUAGGCGAUAGGCACGAGUUGGAUCUAUGGAGAGACUUGUACUGACCGUGGCUUUGGCCUUACUCUGGACUACGGUGGCAUGCCAGAACGCGUGUAACAGCGCCAGUACCAUCGUUAUAGCAUUCCCUGAGCUAGACCCUCCGAACAAACCAAGUGAAACAGACCCCGUGUAUACCAAAGCUAUUCUAACCAAUGCCAGGCCUUUCAAUGUGUCCUUCACCUUUAGUCCAGACGAUAAGAGAAAGAAGUUUCCUUUUGACGACUACUUCCGGCAUAAUUUCUCCGCCAGUACAAACUCGUAUGAAGUAAGCAUGAAGCAAGGCAUCGACCGUGAUGGAAAAACUUCAAGUCCCUUCGAUGAUACUGACUUCAUUAACUAUACGAUGUACUGUCAGGCAGUGGAUGGCGGAACGGUAGAAGAAAAAAAGUUGGCAAUUAAAAUAUUGGAUGUCAAUGAUAAUGCGCCAUUGUUCUCAUUCCAAAGUUAUGGCGUGUUUUUAAAUGAGUUUGCUCCUGUUGGUGUGACAGUGUUACGUGGCAUCGUAGCAGACGACCUGGACGCUGGACUAAACAGGGAGAUAACAUACCGCUUAACACCUGUGGCGCUGGGAGUGCCCUCUGUGUAUAACGGGACAGAUUACUUCUACCUCCCCCCUGAGAAAGGCGAUGCAGUGACACUGAUCCAAUCUGCAGUUUUGCCCACGCUGUCACUGACGAGUUACUAUGAUUUUUACUUUCUUGUCACAGCACAGGAUAGAGCAGUCCCAGCAUCGUCUCAACGAUCAGGCAAGGCUUCAUUCUUUGUGAGUGUUUUAAAUGGAAGUGAGCCAAGUAUCGGGGUCUACUACCCUUCCUGUACACAACCAGUUGUUCCCAGUCCGAAAAAAUGUAUCUUACCUCGCUACUACACUUCUGUUACUUUUGGAGACACCUCGGAAAUAAAGUUAGAGCUCUACCCCGAUCCACCUGACCCUAACAACACGGGAUCUCCAGUGGACAUCAUGUUUCAAGAUGAAAGUUUAAUCAACGGAUCUCAAACUCCCAUAGUUUCAAUACAAGAAACACUGCCUAGCAACUAUGACAAAUUCUUCACUGUGUCUGUUAUCAAAGUCGGAACUAACAACUUCAAAUGUGAGCUGAGAAAAGUGGCUGGAAAGGCGUUGAAUUCUACGAGCUUCAAAACUCUGCAAAUUUCUCUUGAGAUCGAUGAAGAUCCUUUACUCCCUGAGUGGGUAACUAUCUACGUGAUGGUCAAGGGGCCGUAUGCACCGGUCCUUUUAUCCAACAGCACUGACUGCUACAUUUAUGAGAAUGCUACAUUAGGAUCAAGGGCUAUUUCAGACAAAUCUAACGGAGGACUUUACAAGCUUAUGUUCUCUGACCCCAACAAGUAUUCCUCAAGUCCUGGUAUAUUUGACGUCACCGUUCUACCUGGAACACCGUUUACAGUGGACAAUGACGGAUUUGUGUCUUUGGCUAAUGGAGCUCUUGAUUAUGAGUCUCAACAGAUAUACAACGUAACUGUGAUUGUAAGUAUUGUUGACUGCUUGGGCUGCUCUACUCAAGUGACACUUACAGUUAAUGUCAUAGACGUCAACGAACACAGCCCAGAGAUAGUGUCACCAGAGAGCCUCAUUCUGUCCGUCCCUCCAGGUGACUGUAACUGUAACAUCGCCAGAACCAUUACAAUGAUUCAUGCAAGAGAUGUUGAUUUUGGACCUCUAGAAUUCAAGCUUUAUAGAGUUGUUCCUCCUGCUGCCUUCGACAAGUUUACGGUAGACUCAGGGGGCGCUGUCAGCCUCCAUAGUCCUGUGGUGUCUGGACAAGUCUUCGCGCUCAUUGUACAGGUCUUUGACCAUGGAGACCCCGUGUUAAUGACUGAAGCUAUUGUGAUCAUCAGUGUCAACGCCCUGGUCUCGAGGUCUACGUCUCAAGCUAAUCAAUGUGUCAUAUAUGUCAAUGAGGUCUGAUAUAUUAUGUGAUUACUCAAUAUUUUAUUUAUAAAUCAAUUUCUAUAUCAAAAGAGCAAAUGAGUAACUCUUAUUGGACCGAAUAUGUUGAGUAAUUGUGUGUAGGUGUUUUUUUUUUGUAACAGUUUGAAAAAAAAAAGGAGUGGUAGUACUCUAUGGAGAUAGUUCACUAAGAAUACUUCAAGUUAAUAAAGUCAAACAUUGUUUGGGUGACGAUUCUUUGUUUUCCCCAUUCUGUAUUAUUGCCCUUGAAUAUUUAUUAUUACCGCUUGUUUGCAUCUCUUUAAGAACUCUAUUGGUGACGACAGUUGGCUAUUAGCUUGAAUGACGUCUAGUUCAUUAAAUUGUUUGUUUGUUUUCUUUUGAUUAUUUGUUGUAUUACAGUGUUCUCAUACAAUGUUUGUUAAAUAGUAAACUAGAUCUACACUUUUUAAAAUUUA